AUGGGGAUCUGGGACAUCGGCGGACAACCAAGGUUUAGGAGCAUGUGGGAGCGUUAUUGCCGCGGUGUCAAUGCAAUAAUCUACAUGGUCGAUGCGGCCGAUCGAGACAAGCUCGAAGCCUCUCGCAAUGAGCUUCACACCCUUUUGGAUAAAUCACAACUCACGGGCAUUCCUGUGCUCGUUCUCGGCAACAAACGUGAUCUACCCGGUGCUCUGACGGAAGUGGAACUUAUAGAAGCCCUAAACCUCAAUACGAUAACAGAUCGUGAAAUCUGCUGCUACUCAAUUUCUUGUAAAGAGCAGGAAAAUAUCGGUAUGUUAGUUGUUAAUCCUUUAUUUUAUUUUUAA